AUGCCUCCCACCACUGGCCGCCGCCACCAUCCACCCAAUCAUUCUCCGACCAACCAUCGAAUGACGUUGAAGACCGGCCGAGAAGGAAACGAAGCUGAAUCAGUGAAGAUCGAAGGAGUGGCGUCGUGGCGGCCGCCGUUCGUGAGUCUCCAACUGCAUUCUCUAUCUCCGCCGACGACACAACUGCUGCUGAUGCUCCAUUGCCAUCGACGGGUUGAGGGCGAUGACAGCGACCGAAGAUGGGCGGAGGGAGACGGUGACCGAAGAUGGGCUGAGGGAGACGGUGGCCAGAUAUGGACAGAAAAAGGUGAUGACAUCCGUCCAGUAAAACACCCCAAAAAACAAUAUGUUUUGUAUAGGUUUAAAAGAAAUUUCUCCAAAAAGGCGGGCACACAACAACAGAAACGGGAAGCAUCCACCUACAAACAUAUGAUCCGAUGCAAUUGA